AGUGCUGGUUCAGCGGGAUGAUUUCAGUAUUAAAUAUCCUUUCUCAUAAAGUGCUUUUUAAUGGUGUAGGAUGACUGUAAAAGUAUAAAAUGCCACGCCAGUCCGCAGAGGAGAUCUACGAGUAGGAUGCACAGCUCCGUCCAUCCUCACCUAACUGUGUCAUUGGUAACGUAGAGAAUCAUCGAUGGCACACCUAACAGCUUUAGAUGGUAUAAAAGCAAGAUGUGGGGCUAUUUUAAAAUAGGGAUUUUAAAGUUUUCCAAUAGGCAGCCACUGAAACAAAUUUAACCAAAAGGAAAUUGGGCAAGGAUAUUCAAAGCAUUACCCUGGCGUCUAAAAAAUAGUUUUACAGAGUCAAGGAAAGAAGGCUUAGAACUUUGGUUGACCCUCAUCAUUAUUAAACAGUAUAAUAGAGAUGCCAAGACAAAAAGUAAAUAUGAACCUAUGCCAUGAUAAAUGAAUUAUAGUGUGCAGAAAAAAGAGGUGACAAUCCCACGCUUUAAACUGGCCAAACUACAUCUAAUAGGUACUAAGUUCUGGAUCCCAGACUUUAAGACUUUAAGAGGGUCCUUUAGAAACGGGUGCCAUUCCAACAAAGAGUGACCAGGAUGGUAAACAGACUUGGUUAUCUUAUGUGAGCAAGUAAAGAAGAUAGAGAUUUCUAGCUUAGAGAAGAUUUCAAAUAUGUGAAAGACCUUAAGGGAGGAAAAUAAUUAAACUUUUUCAAUGCACUAUAACAACUGAUGAGAAGCUAUAAGAAAGUGGAUCCUGUUUUAACUCAAAUAACACCCUUAAGGAAAAAUUUUAAGUAGAUACAUCUAAAAAGGAAACAGAUUAACUCAGGAAGUAGCUUUCCCAGUAGCUUUUAAGAAAAACUGGAUGAGUGCUUAAUGGGGGAUAUAGGAAAAGGAAUUGAAGUAUUUUGUAGAACAGCAGUCCUCAAACUGGGGCACCUAAAAGUAAAUGAAGAUUUCCUAAAUGGUAGCCAGGUAUAAUUUUAAGAGAAUCAAUUUCCACUGCUGAAGAUACAUUUUCCCUUUGCUUCUCAGGGAAAAGCUGGGACUUUGGGAAUCCCUCCCAACUGUAUGGUGUUGUGUUGGGUGGGAUUUAUGGUGUGUGUCUCAGCCUUUCCUACCCAUUCGAUGUGGAUAUUUUCUCAUUUGCCUUAUGUGUAGAAAUUGCACAGCUAGUUUCUAGAUUUCUUUCAAAAGGACUUGAUCCAUGUGUUCAGUAUGUUCAUAGGAGGAGAGGCAUUCAGGAGCCUCCUAUGUCACCAUCUUUAAAAAUUGCUUAAGUCAUUAUAUUUUUGAUGUGUAACUCAAGAUUUCACAAAAUUAAGUGACAUUGUUUAACAAAAGUUCUUUUAUUUCUAUCUACUUAUUAUGUGAACAAGGUGUUGUAGCAGUUUUAAAUUUCAAUUACAUCUUAUUUCAAUUACAUCCAACAUAUUUAGAAAUAGUAUACUGUCCUAAUCACUUGGUCAAAAAUAUUCACUAAUAUUCUUGGUUUAUCUUCUCUGGACCCCUGAGUUAUUCAUAUGUUCAUAAAUCCACUGUUUGCACUUUAAAUAUUUGAGGCUUUUCUACAUUUUCUACAAAUUGUUAUUCAUUUUCAAUUUAAUCCUGUUGUGGUCUGAGAACAUAUUAUGCAGUAUUUUAAUACUUUUGAAAUUUAUUAAUACUUAUUUCAUGGUCAACAUAUGGUCUUAGUGAAUAUUCCUUGUACACUUGAAAAAAAAGUUGUGGUGUGAUGCUCCAUAAAAGCUAAUUUGUUUAAGUGUUUUGCUGGUCUUGAUCAGAUUUCCUCUAUCAAUACUGAUACAUUAUUAAUUAACUUUCAACACAUGAUAAAGCUCUCAGAGUUGGACAAAACAAUACUAUAAUGAAGACUUCAAAGACGGAAUUUGUGGUGCAAAAUAGGGUAGUUGGGAAAGCAUGGAUUUUGAAAUGAAGCAAGCCUGAAUCUGAACCCUGACUGACAGUUACACAUUGUGCAUCCUUAGACAAAUUAUUUAAUUUUUCAGAGACUCAGUUUUCUUAUCUGAAAAUGGUAAUAUUUCCUACCUCACAGAAUUUAAACGGCUGAAUGGUAUUUACUGCAAUUUUAAUAGUAUCGACAUCUGCUUUUAUAUGUAGAUCCCAAAUGUGGUACCUCUUCAAAGUGAUAUCUUUUAUACUAAACCUUGGAACUACUCACGGUGCCUUUCGACAUCAAAGAUUUGUGAACCCUGAAACCAGUAUGAAUAUUAGUCAAAUUAUUUCCUACUGGGGAUACCCAGAUGAAGAGUAUGAUAUUGUAACUGAAGAUGGUUAUAUCCUUGGCCUUUAUAGAAUUCCUUAUGGAAAGACAAAAAAUGAUAACAAUUCAGCUCAGAAGCUUGUUGUAUACUUGCAACAUGGUUUGCUUACAUCUGCCAGCAGCUGGAUUUCCAAUCUUCCUAACAACAGCCUGGGCUUCGUUCUGGCAGAUGCUGGUUAUGACGUGUGGAUGGGGAACAGUAGAGGGACUAUCUGGUCCAGAAAACACUUGUACCUAAAAUCAAAUUCCAAAGAAUUCUGGGCUUUCAGUUUUGAUGAGAUGGCUAAAUAUGACCUUCCAGCCUCCAUUGAUUUCAUUGUGAAGCAAACUGGACAAGAGAAAAUAUUUUAUGUAGGCCAUUCACAGGGCACUACUAUUGCUUUCAUAACAUUUUCCACAAUACCAAAGAUAGCUGAGAGAAUCAAAAUAUUUUUUGCCUUAGCACCAGUUUUUUCCGUUAAAUAUUUAAAAAGUCCUUUACUUAAAAUGGCAUUCAAGUGGAAGUCAGUGAUCAAGAUUUUUUUGGGCAACAAAGACUUCUUACCUAAUACCUCUUUUAAAAGAAUUAUUGGUUCAAAGAUAUGUCCACUACAGAUUUUUAGCAAGAUUUGCCAUGAUUCCUUGCUUCCGAUAUUUGGAUAUGGCAUGAAGAACUUAAAUAUGAGUCGUAUGGAUAUUUAUCUGUCACAUAACCCAGCAGGAACCUCUGUUCAAAAUAUGCUCCACUGGAGUCAGCUUUUGAAUUCUAGUUACUUGAAAGCUUUUGACUGGGGCAGUCCGGUUCUGAACUUGCUUCAUUUUAAUCAGACAACUGCUCCACUGUACAAUGUGACAAACAUGAAUGUGCCAACCGCAACUUGGAAUGGUAAAAAUGACUUGGUGGCUGAUCCUGAAGAUGUUAACAUUUUACUUUCUCAAAUCAGAAACCAUAUUUACCAUAAAACUAUUUCUCACUACAGCCACAUAGACUUUUUGUUCGGAUUAGAUGCAUAUCAUCAAGUUUACCGUGAAAUCAUUAAUAUUAUCCAAGGCAACCUGUAAAAACCAUGGUCCUUGUUUUGAAAGAUCUAUAUAAUUUCUAUUAAAAGCCAAUUGUGAGUUUGUGAGUUCAAUCCC